AUGGUGGUGUUGAUCAUUAAUGAUGAUGAUGAUGAUGAUGGUGAUGAUGAUGAUGAUGAUGAUGGUAAUGAUGAUGAUGUUAAUGGUGAUGUUGAUAAUGAUCGCCAGUGUUGAUCUUGACGAUGGUGGCGACGUUGUGGUUGUUUUGUUGAGGUGGUGAUGGCGGUGGUGGNUUUUAGUUUUUCCAUUUUUUCAGGGAUUUUUCCAGUGGAACGAACCGACCAAACGUUUUCCAUUUACUGCCGAACCGAAAUUUUCGGAAAUUUUGACUAAAUGGAAAGCGCCAUGUACUUAUUUGCGGUUAUGGUGUGGAGGUGAAAGUGGUGGAGGCUGUAGUAGUCCUGUGCUUGAACUCGGUAAUGGUUGUGAUGGUUGUGGUACAGAUAACGCAUUCACCUAAUGACGUAAUAAAGAUCGAACAAACACUGUAAAAAUACCGACGCUUCAACACAGUAGCUAACCAACGAUAUCUUUUUGCAACACCAGAAACGACCAUUCAAGAUGAUGAUAAUAUGGCUGUGAUAAUGAAAUAAUGAUGGCUUGUUGGUGUCAGAAGAGGUGAUGGUGAAGGCAAUUUUGUUGAUGGUGGUGUUGAUCAUUAAUGAUGAUGAUGAUGAUGAUGGUGAUGAUGAUGAUGAUGAUGAUGGUAAUGAUGAUGAUGUUAAUGGUGAUGUUGAUAAUGAUCGCCAGUGUUGAUCUUGACGAUGGUGGCGACGUUGUGGUUGUUUUGUUGAGGUGGUGAUGGCGGUGGUGGUGGUGGUGGUGGUGGUGAUGAUGAUGAUGGUAGCAGUGAUGAUGAAGAUGAUGGUAGUUAU